ACUGCCUCCCAUCCUGCCACAUCUACAAAAUGGAAAUCUCACAUCCUCGACGUAUUCUCGCAGUGAGCCAGCCGGACUCGGGACUCCUUGACCUAGUCAAAGGCCUCACGGGAGCCGUGCCCUCUGUAGCAGCAGACUCCAUAGCCGGGACAACGCAUAACUGGGAGGUGAAAACCAGCUACUACACAGCCAGUAUCCCCAUCUGGCUCGACGAGAUCUCCGAGCCGCCCGUCUGGUCCUCGGAAUUCCUCGCGCCUGAGGCUCGGGAAGUGCUCACUGUCCUGGGGGCGUUCGUGGUCUGUUUCCGCAAGCCUGUCGACGAGGCUGGCUUGAAGGACGUUAAAGUCCUACUGGAAAAUGUAGCGGAGGUCGUCAAGGAAGGAUGCGGGUAUUCAUGGGACGGCGUCUGCUUGGCGGUGGCGAUGCCCCAGUCCAAAACGCCGUAUCUGGAGAAGAGCUUUGAUGAGUGGGAAGAGCUGUGUCAAGAAUUCGGCUUUGAGUUUGUGGACUUUGAGAGUAAGGGGAGGAAUGAGUUUUCAGAACCUAUGGGCAUCGAGAGGUUGAAAGAGGCUUUAGAGGCCAAUGAGUGGGAUGGAGGUGGUGAGGACGUAGAUGGUGAGAUUAACUUUGAUGACCUUGGAGCAGAUGACGAAGAUGAAGAUGGGAGUCUUGGGUUUGGAAUCAGUGCCGCAGAGAUGGAAAUGGAGAUGUUCGGGAUGAAGCAGGCAAUCUAUGGGGGUGGAUCUGAUAGAGAGGAAGAGAUAAGAGACGAAGAAGAAGGUGAUGAAGAGAUUGAGCAGCUGCAGGCCAUGAUGCUCAAAAUGCAGGCCGUAAGAGACAUGGGGGCAGAUCUACCUGAAGCAGAGAGAAAGAAACUGGCUAUCAAGACUGUCAAUGAGGUAAUGAAAAAAUUAUAAAAAAUCCCGGAACUUCGCUCUUUUCCUCACAAGGCGCUGGUUAUCUUUGGUAUAAAACUAUUCUGCCGUUAUAGCUCGGCUUCUGCUCUGUUGUCUAAGUCUUUCACUUAUCAAGGGUUUUUAUUAUUGGAUUUUUUCCUGUUACGUAUCCGGACGCCUCUGUGUUUGGGCGGAUCUCGGUUCCAGGAACUGGUAUUAUUAUGCAAAGUCUAGACAAGUGUUCAUUCUAAUGAUACAGUCAGCCGGCUUAUAUUUAGCCCAAAAGCCAGAAGGGAGUAUCAACAAGUCUG